UUUAGGUACUUACUUAGCUUGCUUCCUAUUUCUCAGCUUCAAUGUCGAAACUAGGAAAUGAAAAGAUCAGUUGGAUAUUGAGUGUGGUGUUCUGCUUCUUCUUGUCUUCGGUGCUUGCUAUGGCCACCACUGGCGAUGGUGGAUUUGCUAAGGAACUUGAGGUUGAGAAGAUUUUGAAGACGUUGAAUAAACCAGCUGUUAAGUCUAUUAAGAUCUACCCAGGAAUAUAUGGGGAUGACAACCCUAGACUUUUUACAUAUUGGACAAGAGACUCGUAUAACAAUACUGGAUGUUAUAACCUUCGUUGCCCUGGCUUUGUUCAAGUUGAUCCCACAGUAGUGGUGGGAAGCAGCCUACAAAAUAAUAUAUCUGUCUAUGGUGGUUCUCAAUAUGUUUUAUCCAUCCACAUCAGGAAGGAUCAAACAACUGGAAACUGGUGGAUGCAAGUCGGGAAUACAUCUGUAGGAUACUGGCCAGCUUCUUUGUUCAAUCACAUGUCUGUGGGUGCAUCACAUGUAAAGUGGGGUGGUGAAAUAGUAAACAAGGGAUCUAAUGGGCAACACACCACAACAGGCAUGGGAAGUGGCCAUUUUCCUGAAGAAGGUUAUGGGAAGGCUAGCUUUUUCAAGCACAUUUCUAUUGUUGAUGCAAAUAAUAGUCUUGCGUCUCCUAAAAGCUUUAACCCCUACGUUACCAAUGCCUAUUGCUACAAUAUUACCUCUUAUGACUAUUCAAAUGAUUCGGGUGUCUACUUCUACUAUGGCGGUCCUGGGAGAAACUCAAAUUGUCCGUAGCCCUUGUAAUCUCAUCUUGGGUGGCAAAUAUAAGUCGGAAUAAAACAAUAUGAGGGCUUUAUUUAAAAAGUCCGAAACUCUCUAUUUAUAUCAAGAAAAUAAAGGAAUUGUGGUAUGGGUAGAAUUCCCUAGCCUGAUGGGAUAUUGUAUGAGAUAAGGCUUGAUAAAACAAGUCUUAAUAAGAUUGAAAUAUUAUGUAGUGUUAUAUUAUGCAAUGUUAUAUUGUAGCGUAUUUGUUAUCCUAUGUUUGAUUAUGUUAUAUGAUACUCCUCUGGUCUUAUUUAUAGGGCAGAGAGAAAAAAU